AUGAUGAAAACAAAGAAUGCCACCAUUCAUAAGUGCUUUUCAAAAGUGCUUUUUGACGGUUUCGACGCGAGAAUAUUUCUCUCACGCGACAACAACAAUAGCGAAUUGUUCGUGAUUCUUUGGUUACGGCAAUCAACACUGAUUCGGUUACGGUUCAUGAAUCGGCAUCGAAUUGUUACCAUAAUUACAGCUUCGCGACUACGUACGCCAGGUAAGGUUGAUGGGGUUGAGGUGAAGAUGAUGAUGGUGGGAGGUACAGAGACGAAGGGUCGUCACUGCUGCAAAUUGAAUGGCUGCAACUGUUGUGAUUUCACUACAGUAUUGUAUCUUGUGCGGGAUUUCGUGAAUGGGCAUCUUUUCUUUCAGCUUUAUCACCAAGGCCUUUUCAGAGAGGAUCUUGCACACGUAUAUGCUUCCAAGAUUGUUUAUGCAGUUUCCCAUUUCCACUCAAAGGGAAUAAUGCACAGGGAUCUAAAACCUGAAAAUAUCCUUAUGAAUGUCGAUGGCCGUGUUAUGCUGACAGCUGACUGA